AUGAUGAACCGCCUGUGUUAACCUGUCCAGAUUUAACAGUAACAAACGAUUUCCGUCUACCGUCUGCCGUUGUAGAGUGGUCAAAUCCAGGUGCUAUCGACAACAAUGGUCAUGGAGUUUCACUAACGGCUUCUAUUCCGUCCGGGUCGGUGUUCCCACUUGGAACGACCGUAGUCCAUUACAAUGGGACUGACACGUUUGACAACGUUGAGAAUUGCUCAUUUGUAGUGACAGUGGAAGAUGCUGAAUCUCCAUUCUUCACCUACUGCCCCGAUGACAUAUCAAACAAUUCAGAUCCAGGGGAGCGAACCCAUUCUGUUGUAUGGCAGGUUCCAAUAGCCGAAGAUAAUAGCGGGAAUCAACCACACGUGGUAUCAAAUUUCAAUCCUGGAGAUUAUUUUAUCAUCGGCGUUACAACAGUAUUGUACAAAGCGACAGACGAAGACAGAAACCCAAACGAAACCUGUUCCUUCCUUAUUGAAAUUAUUGAUAAUGAACCGCCAGUUAUAUCAAACUGUCCGGAUAACAUAUCACUGCCGACAGAUCACAGUAUGCCUACGAGAGAGACGACGUGGAAUGAUGUUGUGUUGUUUGAUAACAGUCUUGGUGUUAUUACUUCUUGGUGGAACAUUGUUAAUGGUUCACAAUUCGUGAUUGGUACAACGCGCGUAUUCCUGACAGCGAGAGAUGAAUCAGGAAAUGACAAAAUUUGCGAGUUUUCCAUUCAUAUAUACG